CUGGUGCAAAUUCAAAACUUCCGGAAGUUUUUCCGAAAAUGGCGGGACCAAUCAGCAGAAUCACUUCCUCACACCCUCGUUUUUUCAAUGAAGUGACACAUGACGUCCACGUUACAAACCUUGCGCCGUCAAGAGUGUCGAUUAUUGUUCGAUUCGGUUUAUUGUAUUUGAGAAAAGUUGAGGAUAAAAUUGUUGAACCGUUGUAAACCUGUGAAUACUCUGCAAGCAAAGAGGUGUAGAUUAGUUGCGAGGUUGAUUAUCGUACGUGUACCAUACAUCUAACCAAAACAUGCUGAUUACCUAUUUGCAAAUUAGUCAUUCAUGUCGACACGAAAGUGAUAGUUAUUUAAAGUAUAUCUAACCGAAUUAAUUCUCCCUAAGAAGGAGGCUAUGCAAUUAAAUCUGUGAUUGUGAUCGACAAAUGUUCUAGGUUAUUAAUCCACAAUAAUAACCCCGCAUUCGGACAGGCGGCUUUGCGCAAGUUCCGAGGUUUGGCUCGGCUCGGAUUUGCUACACGUCAUUCAUUUUCAAAGGGAUUUAUUUCAAAGACUGAAUUUUAGUCAAGUAUGGAGGCGUUAUAUCAUCAGACCAAUAAACUAGUACAGGAAACCCAACAUUUGUUUUCUCAAUUGGAAAGAAAACAUUCAGAUUUAGAUCUCCAAGCAAUUGAGUAUGACAUACAGUCAAAGAUAAAUCUGAUCAACAGCAAUUGUGAACGACUCGAUAUUCUGUGUAUGAAAGGUCCUGUAUCACAGAGACAAAAUGCCAAAAUGCGAGUUGAUCAAUUGAAGUAUGACGCACGUCAUCUAUGUGCUGCUUUAAACUCAUGGAGAAGUCAACUUAUGCGCCGAAAAAAAGAGGAAAUCGAACGAGAAGCAUUAUUGUCUCAACAGUUUACUCCCAACGAUCAAAUAGACAUAAUGAUAGAUCACAAUCUUCAACAUCACUCCAGUUUGCGAAACGCCACCCAUGGUGUAGACGACUUGAUUCAGCAUGGUAGUGGGAUUUUAGAUGGGUUAAGAUCUCAAAGAUCUACUCUCAAGGGUGCUCAUAAAAGACUUGUUGAUAUCGGAAACACUCUAGGACUCUCUAACACUACUAUGAGACUUAUUGAGCAGAGAGCUCGACAAGAUGGAUUAAUAUUAGUUGCCGGUAUGGUUGUGACAUGCUUUGUUAUAGUGUUGGUAAUAAUGUACCUCACAUAAUUAACACUGCACUCAUCACAUGUAAAUAUAAUGAUUAUGGUUAUGGUUAACUAUGAUUAUCAAAGACAAUUUCAAAUAAUGUCGAGUACAUUGCACGGAAGCUGAUCAUCUGACAAAUUUGAUUGUUAUUCUGACAUAAACAUUUAUAGAGACAAAGAACGUUGCUUUUUGUUGUUGCUGACAGUAGUACAGUUUGUCUAUUUCUCUUCGAAAAUAUUGUAACUAAAAUUCAUCCAAUGUGCGAUGUAAUUAUUUUAUUCCAAGAAUAAUUUUUAUUUUAGUUUGUCAUUGUUAAAACUGUUUCAUCUGGCCUCUCAAUCUAACUAAUUUUGGUAGAGAAAAACGCAUCGCAAGAAUAUUUAUGCUAUGAUAGCUUUCGUUUCAUACGUUCAUGGUACAGUAUCGCGGUGGUAGGCGGUAGAACAAUGUAAUAUAAAAAUUCUCUACUAAAAAGAUAUUUUGAGAUAUCCGCAGUCAUUUUGUUCCCGCACUGCCCGAACUCGGAAACUCGUUCUGGAAUUAAGGACAAUUCGAUUUUUAUAAAAAAAACCAGUUGAUAUUCGGUAAAUCAAAUCAGUCCAAUGAGUCGAAGUCGUUUGGUACUAAUACAUCUUCACAUUUUGAAUCGCCAGUGAGUUUCUGAAGGCACUGACUUCAACUUACUAUACUAUGUAUAGACCAAUGAAUUUCGUUUACCUGCUGUCAUUGGGAAAUGGGUAUUAUAAGGAAAGAAAGAGGGGGUAGGACCCAAAUCCCCUCUCAGUUCGUGCUCCCCUCUCCCAGAAAUACGCAUCCCCACCAGGUUCCUCUCAAGUAACGCGAUUUUUUAAACGCGCAUCAUUUCGAAGGCUGCCUUUCCGGCGUCAGGAGGCUGUGGCUGAGCGAUGAGUUGUACCUUCUGUUUGUUAUUAAAUUCGUAAUUAGUCAAUGAAGAGGAUAGUGGAGACCGCUGUCCGGUGGCCUUGGAUGAGUUUGAGUUCAGUCCACGUUUCGAUUCUUUAUUCGUGACUAGAUCCACACUCAUCCAAGGAUGCUGGACCGAAGCACUGAUUCAGAGCCAAACUAAGGUGACCCCCUAGAAUUACAACAUGCGUCCGAGAAAACGCGGCAGCUGCAAGCUUGUGUUUGUUGAACAUUAAUGAAUAAAUAUAAGGGUAUCGUUAAAAUAUAAGAUCCGUAAUUGUUUUA